AUGAAUUCCGCAGCUAGACUCCUCUCUUCCCCCCUUCCCCUUCGCCGUGUGCCCAUUGCCUCUGUUCGCGCUUCCUCAUCCCGAUUUGCACCUUCUUUCGGCGCCGUCCGCACCUUUUCAGUCUCAGCACGCAACAUGGCUGCCGCACGGAAGAUCAAGGUUAAGAAUCCGGUCGUGGAACUCGACGGUGAUGAGAUGACUCGUAUUAUCUGGCAGACUAUCAAGGACAAGUUCAUCUAUCCUUACCUUGAUAUCGAUCUGAAGUACUACGAUCUGGGUCUCGAGUAUCGCGAUAAGACCAACGACCAGGUCACCAUUGACGCUGCCGAGGCUAUUAAGAAGUACUCUGUCGGUGUCAAGUGCGCUACUAUUACACCUGAUGAGGCUCGCGUUGAGGAAUUCAAGCUGAAGCAAAUGUGGCUGUCACCAAACGGCACAAUUCGAAAUGCUCUGGGCGGCACUGUCUUCCGUGAGCCCAUCGUCAUUCCUCGUAUCCCUCGUCUGGUCCCCGGCUGGGAAAAGCCCAUCAUUAUUGGUCGCCAUGCCUUUGGUGACCAAUACCGCGCCAAGGACCUCGUUGCUCCCGGACCAGGCAAGCUGUCCAUGGUUUACACCCCUGAAGGCGGCGAGCCUCAGGAGGUCGAGGUCUUCCAGUUCAAGAACGGCGGCGGCGUUGCCCAGGCGCAGUACAACACCGACGAAUCCAUUACUGGCUUUGCUCAUGCCUCCUUCAAGCUCGCUCUUGACAAGGGCCUGCCCCUCUACAUGAGUACCAAGAACACCAUUCUGAAGAAGUACGAUGGUCGCUUCAAGGACAUCUUCCAGGAGCUCUACGACACCCAGUACAAGAAGGACUUUGAGGCCAAGAAGAUCUGGUACGAACACCGUCUCAUUGACGACAUGGUUGCCCAAAUGAUUAAGAGCAAGGGCGGUUACAUCAUGGCUCUCAAGAAUUACGACGGUGAUGUCCAGUCCGACAUUGUCGCCCAGGGCUUCGGUUCCCUCGGCCUCAUGACCUCGGUCCUCAUCACCCCCGACGGCAAGACGUUCGAGUCCGAGGCCGCCCACGGCACCGUCACCCGCCACUACCGUGAGCACCAGAAGGGCAAGGAGACCUCCACCAACCCCAUUGCCUCCAUCUUUGCCUGGACCCGCGGCCUCACCCAGCGCGGCAAGCUCGACAAUACCCCGGAGCUGGUGGCCUUUGCCGAGAGCCUCGAGCAGGCUUGCAUCGACACUGUCGAUAAAGAUGGCGUCAUGACCAAGGAUUUGGCCCUAGCCUGCGGCAAAAACGAGCGCUCCGACUACGUCACUACCAACGAGUACCUGAAUGCCGUUGAGCGCCGCAUGAAGACCAUCCUCAAGGAGAAGCUGUAA